AAAACUGAAAAACGUAUGAAAAACGAGGCUGAUGAUAAUGACAGUUCUGAGGGACUGGAAGCUUUAUUGAAUCGCGCAAAAUGGACAGAUUCACAAUUAGAGGAAGUUAUGCGGUUAAUUUAUGGGAGACGUUGUCCACAACUUUCCUUGAGUAAUGAUUUAUUGGAGGCAUCUAUGAGUAAUGGAUUUGAAAUUAAAGGCUUUCAAAUUAAAGCAUUAGAGGAACAAUGCCGUCGCCCUAGAAGAGUUCGAGUUUCUGCUAUACAAAAUAAAAUUGUUUUGCCAACAAGUGCUCCUAUAAUACAGCAAAGGGAGGCAAUACAUCAAAGGAUCGGUGUAAUGAUUGAUAUGGCAGCCGAAGCAGGUGCACAAAUUAUUUGCUUGCAGGAAGCCUGGCCAAUGCCUUUUGCUUUUUGCACGCGGGAAAGACUCCCUUGGUAUUUUACAAAAUAUUUUUUAAUCGAAAAUUUAUAAAGGACUGAAUUUGCUGAGUCCGCAGAGGAUGGACCAUCAACUAAAUUUUUAAGCAAUGUAAAUUAUUAUGAUAAAAGGAGGUGGGGGGAGGGGGUGUUUCGUGCAUUACGGACUAGGACAAGCCUAUGAGGGUUGCCUUCGAACUCCUCUAACAACAACACCCUCGGGUCCGAAUUUAGCUGACGUAUAAAGGAAGUAAUAUGCAAGGCGUUCGUAGUUGAAUUGUUUGGGGAGUCAAGAGGGGAGUCAGAGGAGUUAAAAAAAUGUGAGGGGAGUGUCGGCAACG